GCUUCAUAAUAUUAGGUAAUCAUUCCAUCUUACCUUCUUCACCUUACAAGAUAUAUAUAACAAAAUAUAAUGGUAUUUAGUAUAUCUAAAGCCUCAGAAUGUAACUAUUUCUAUAAUCAUUCAUCUCUAUGACACAUAAUCAUGCAGGCCUUUCUCCCGCAUCCGUCGAGACCAUCGCCGGUCUGUCCGCUGGAUCCAUAGCAACCCUCGUCGUCCACCCCCUCGACAUUGUCAAGACUCGGAUGCAGAUUCACCAACAUGGCGCGGCAACAUCUCAACAACCUCUAACCACCAUGUCAUUAAUCCGCACUUUGACCCAGACACCCCACCCCAUCGCCUCUCUCUACCGGGGUCUAACGCCGAAUCUCCUUGGCAAUGCCUCGAGCUGGGCGUCCUUCUUCUUCUUCAAAGCGCGCGCCGAGCGGGCUCUCCUCGCUCUAAAAAGCUCACCUUCCACCACGACAUCACUCACGCCGCAAGACUACUUCCUCGCCUCCGGCGCAGCCGGGAUCUGCACGCAGGUUCUCACCAACCCAAUCUGGGUCAUGAAAACGCGUAUGCUCUCCUCCGACCGGGGCGCCGUUGGUGCAUAUCCGAGUAUGUUAUCCGGCGCUGCGCACCUGCUGCGUAACGAAGGGUGGCGGGGAUUCUACCGGGGUCUCGGCAUUAGUCUUCUCGGAGUCGCGCAUGGAGCGGUGCAAUUCGCCGUGUAUGACCCAGUGAAGCGGUUGUAUUUCGCGAGACGGUCGCCCGGCCACCGAGAGCAAAAGAUGAGCACCGAGGCUACGCUUGUUAUUUCUAGUGUUGCCAAGCUCGUCGCUGGAGCUGUCACGUAUCCAUACCAGGUGAUCCGCAGCCGCUUGCAGAACUAUGACGCCGAUGCGCGGUUCGGCCGGGGGAUCCAGGGGGUCGCAAGGAGGACGUGGAGAGAAGAAGGGUGGCUCGGUUUCUACCGUGGCAUCAUACCAGGAGUGGUGAGGGUUCUACCCGCGACCUGGGUCACGUUCCUGGUAUACGAAAAUAUGAAAUUUUAUCUACCUCAGUGGACGAGUUAGAACACUAGCAAUUCCCACCCGCAGCCUGUAGCUGUGGCCUACAUGCCUCUAUUACUAUAAUGCCGCCUUGCUGUAUAUAUAUUCCGAAUUGCACUCAGGAUGAAUCUUCGUUCCCAGCUAAUGGAACAUGUACAUAUAUCUGUAUUUGAUAUAGCUGCUAUUGGGUUAAGUAGAUCAAUG